UCACAAUCUCUGACGUCAAUUUCCCAGCGUCUUUUUUUUUUUUCUGAGCGAGAGAGACACAGCGGCUGGCGGCGCCAUAUUGAAAGAAGAAAAUUGUUCCAUAAAACGCGAAAUACGUCGAAGUUGCCGCGAUGUUGUACCUGGAGGAUUACCUCGAGAUGAUCGAGCAGCUUCCCAUGGACCUCCGCGACAGGUUCACGGAAAUGAGGGAGAUGGACUUGCAAGUGCAGAACGCCACGGACCAGCUGGAGCAGAAGGUGAUCGAGUUCUUCGUCAACGCGAAGAAGAACAAGCCCGAGUGGAGAGAAGAGCAGAUGGAGGUCAUUAAAAAGGAUUAUUACAAAGCUUUGGAAGAUGCAGAUGAGAAAGUCCAGCUGGCCAAUCAGAUUUAUGAUCUGGUGGACCGUCACCUGCGUAAGCUGGACCAGGAACUGGCCAAGUUCAAGAUGGAGCUGGAGGCCGACAACGCCGGCAUCACCGAGAUCCUGGAGAGACGGUCUUUGGAGAUGGACAGUCCGUCUCAGCCGGUCAACAACCACCACGUCCACUCGCACACCGCCUCUGAGAAGAGGAAGUACAGCGCUCCGACUCACCACACUACCGAACACGUUCCAGAGAAGAAGUUCAAGUCUGAAGCUCUGCUGUCCACGCUCACAUCAGACGCCUCCAAGGAGAACACGCCAGGCUGCCGUACCAACAGCACGUCCUCCGCGUCCACCAACAACGUGUACAGCGUGAACUCGUCUCAGCCUCUGGCCUCGUACAACCUGAGCUCUCUGCCGGCAGGGCCCGGGGCCGGGGCCGGGGCCAUCACCAUGGCAGCCGCGCAGGCCGUCCAGGCCACCGCACAGAUGAAGGAGGGCCGCAGGACGUCCAGUCUGAAGGCGAGCUACGAAGCGAUCAAGAACAACGACUUCCAGCUGGGCCGAGAGUUCGCCCUGUCCCGGGACAGCCCCGGGUACUCCUCCUCCGCCCUGGCCUCCACCCUCACCCAGACCCUCACCCCCCCAGCUGCCUCCGACUCACGGGGACGCAAGUCCAAAAGCAGCAUCAAGUCUUCCAACCACCAGUCCUCUUCAUCCUCCUCCUCUUCCUCUCUGUCGUCAUGCUCUUCAUCGUCUGCGCUGGCCCAGGAACUUUCCCAGCAUGCAUCAGCGCUGCCCGAGGCCGAGGCCAACAGCCAGGUGGACUGGACCUACGACCCCAACGAGCCGCGAUACUGCAUCUGUAACCAGGUUUCUUACGGAGAAAUGGUCGGCUGUGAUAACACAGACUGUCCCAUCGAGUGGUUCCACUACGGCUGUGUGGGUCUGACCGAGGCCCCCAAGGGGAAGUGGUACUGCCCGCAGUGUACGGCCGCCAUGAAGAGACGAGGCAGCCGCCACAAAUAGGCGGCCCUGCCCCCCCGCCCUGUUGGGUGGUAACCUCCCAAACCCGCCAGAGGUCAGAGGUCACCAGGCUGCUCACGUACCAGACACACACAUGCUUUGUGCCAACAGAAACCAUCUUUAAAUUAAGACUCAAAUGCUUUUGUUUCACUAAAUAUCACUCGUGUAGUUUUUUUAUUUUUAUUUUAAAAAGCCCAGAAACUACAAAUGUUCUUCUUCCUGUUUGCUUUGUUUUUUUUAUCAUAACAUAAGUCAGACUUUUACAGUUUAAAAUAAAAUGUACAUAAUUCUGAGUUCCUGGAUCCCAUAGUUCUGUGUUUAGGUCACAUUAAAGUCACGAUGUUCAACACUGAGAUUAA